AUGGCCAACUACAGGCGGCAAGGGUCCCACUUGGCCCAGUUCAUGAGGGAACAGCUGAACGUGGCGCCAACCACCGAGCCCGAGGAGGAUUUCAGCAACAUCGACAAUUUGGAUUUGUUUGCCAACACGCAGUUUUUCGAUUUUGAUACCCAGACCCAGACCGACUUCAAGCCCGCUGCCGACAGCCCGGCGUCGUCGAAACCCGAGCCGACAUCAGCCACGUCAACGAUCCCAGGAGAAUUUGGGAGCAUGGACUUCAACAUGAACAAUGGAGAGUUCAACUUUGGCGACUUCAACAACGCAUACGCGUCUCCCACAUUAAACAAUUUCCCCGAUAACCUCGGAAGCCUGCAGCCUAUCCAGCCAAACCCACAGGCUGUUUACCCUGCCCAGCACACCUACGGGAACCAUGCCGGUAGUCAACCCAAGACGGGUGACAAGCGCCGGGCCACUGAGCCCCAGGCUCGCGCCAUGAACAUGGAGGAGGUUUCAAGGGUCGCGGCCGAGGAGGACAAGCGCCGGCGGAACACUGCCGCCAGCGCUCGGUUCCGCGUCAAGAAGAAGCAGAGGGAGCAGGCACUGGAGAAGAGCGCCAAGGAGAUGUCCGAGAAGGUGGCCGCGCUGGAGCAGAAGAUCACACAGCUGGAGACGGAGAACCAAUGGUUGAAAAAGCUGGUUAUCGAGAAGAACGAAGGCACCGCUCCCAGCAAGGCCCCAUCCAAAGCCACUGGCGAGUCUAAGAAGGAGGACAAGGCUGAGGCUGAAAUCAUCGCCAAGACGGACGGGGCGCCGGACGGAAAGAGGGCCAAGGCCGAAACAUCCUCAUAG